UGUAUGAAGGCGAGUCGAGCGGAUGGAAAAAGCACACCACAUAUCCACGAAUCCACGGGGCCAUUCAGAGCUCUCCAUGCUCCUCAGUGAACAGGAGCCGCACGUUGCAGACGGAUAGCGCGAACUUACAACCGGAGUUGGUGAAUGAAAAGCGCAGACUGAUCCAGUGCGCUUGAAGCUCAGCUGAUCCUCCUCUUCUUCGUCGUCGUUGUCGUCAGUGUGUGCGUGUAAAGAUGCCGCCAGCGACAGGAGGGCCGGUGGGAUACACUCCUCCAGAGGGUGGCUGGGGCUGGGCAGUGGUGGUAGGAGCCUUUAUCAGCAUUGGCUUCUCCUAUGCCUUCCCCAAGUCCAUCACUGUGUUCUUCAAAGAGAUCGAGGUGAUCUUCAAUGCCACCAGCAGCCAAGUGUCAUGGAUCUCAUCAAUCAUGCUGGCUGUCAUGUAUGCAGGAGGACCAAUCAGCAGUAUUCUGGUGAAUAAGUUUGGUAGUCGGCCCAUCAUGAUUGCUGGGGGCUGUCUGUCUGGCUCAGGAUUAGUCUUAGCAUCCUUCUGUAACACAGUGGAGGGUCUAUACUUCUGUGUGGGAGUUAUAGGCGGAUUGGGUUUGGCAUUUAAUCUGAAUCCAGCAUUGACCAUGAUUGGCAAAUACUUCUACAAGCGCCGACCAAUAGCUAACGGCAUUGCGAUGGCGGGCAGCCCAGUAUUCUUGUCUACCCUUGCCCCGUUGAACAGCUGGCUGUACGAUCAAUUUGGGUGGAGGGGCAGUUUCCUCAUUCUGGGUGGAGCUUUGCUCAACUGCUGCGUUGCUGGGUCACUAAUGCGGCCCAUUGGACCAAAACCACUACCCGCCAGUGCAAAAGAGGAUGGCGACCCCAAGCGUCAUGAGAAAAAAACAUGCAUGCAGACGGUCAACAGCUUCCUGGAUCUGACCCUGUUCACUCACCGAGGCUUCUUGCUGUACCUGCUUGGAAACGUAAUCAUGUUCUUCGGCCUUUUUGCGCCCCUUGUGUUCCUCAGUAACUAUGCGAAGAGUAAAGACAUUUCCAAGGAUAAGGCUGCGUUCUUGUUGUCCAUCCUGGCCUUCACUGACAUGGUCGCUCGGCCGUCCAUGGGCCUGGUCGCCAACACUCGCUGGGUCCGUCCACGUAUCCAGUACUUCUUCGCAGCAUCGGUGCUGUAUAAUGGCGUCUGCCACUUGUUGGCACCGCUCUCCACCGAUUAUGUGGGUUUUGCCAUCUAUGCUGUGUUUUUCGGUGUGGCAUUUGGCUGGUUGAGUUCCGUGCUGUUUGAGACUCUCAUGGACCUGGUGGGCGCUCAGAGGUUCUCCAGCGCAGUGGGGUUGGUCACCAUCGUGGAGUGCGCGCCUGUGCUGCUUGGGCCUCCAGUACUGGGAAAACUUAAUGAUGAUUACGGCGAUUACAAAUACACAUAUCAGGCUUGUGGAAUCGUCCUGGUGAUUGCCAGCAUAUUCUUGUUCUUGGGAAUGGGACUCAACUACUGGCUAUUGGACAAAGAGAAGAAGGUGGAGGAGAGAAGAGCAAGACAGGAGGAGAAGGACGAAGAGACGAACAUAGACAAUGCCCUGAACGAGAAGGCAAAGGAGGCAGAUGGAGACGCAUCUGAUGCAUGAGCUGACGUCGCCAAAUGGAAAAGGACACCAUGUUAUGCGCUCACGCACCAACAAUCCAUGUCUUCCAGUUUUGACCGUCCAAAAUGACAAACACCGAUCAAUUCCCCACUAAUGCAUUACCAGUUCAGCCAAUGUUUCAAACAGCACAAAGGACUAUAAUGCCAAGAAAUCCAAUUUUAUGCAAUCCCACACACCUCAGAUGUUGCUGUCAAUCUCCCAACGUUCAUAUUGGAGCGUCUCUGUACCUUAAUGUCACAAUUAUAAGCAUUACGAGAGCAUUCCUAGUUUUUGACUCUGGAGUAGCAUAGUGUAUGCACUUUGAAAUGAAGCUACAAAAUGCACAUUGAAACAUUUUUAUAAGAGAAUUAAGAUGUGCGACAUUUAAGGUAACAUCAUCAGUCAAGACAUGGACGAAAGAGACAUCUUUCACUCUUCUGUCUGUCUUCCAUUUUAGAAAUAUAGUAUUUUUUUGGACUAAAGGUCAUUAUUAUGUAUAGGAUACACAUUUUUCUUUUUUUCUUUUUUUUCGAAUGAAGCGUGAAGAUUUGUUUUAGUAUGUGUAUGUAUGUAGUCUUCCCUGUUCCGAUUGGUUGGUAGAAAAUAGUGCCAGGCUUUGCUAGGCUGCUAUAUAAAGGCAAAAUGCAGAAAUUUACGCCAAGACUGAUACGGGUUUUGGAUUGAUUUUUGUCCUCUGAACAUUUAGUAAAUCCUGUCUGUCACAAGACAGAUCAUAGACUUGAAUUCACUCAUGAAAUAGGACAAAAUGUAUAAUUACUGUGUUUUGCCUUUGCAUGGCAGAAGAAUUUGUGGUUUGUUUCCAAGUGACGUUUAAUGUUUUGUAUCUUUGUCUGCUUCCUCCUCUGGUGACUUCAUGAAUUCACUCUGCCUAUCAAACUCUGACUGUGCUGUAACCAUGAAGAUUUCUUUGGUUACCAUUUUUAGAAACAGCAGCAAAGGUUUAGGUUUCGUCUGAGGCAAUUCUCACUUCACAUGAAAAGUCUGCUAGAGAUUGUUUCAGCUUUACUGUUCAUUUGGCGUUUAGUGAAGAUGAUGAUUGUUUCACACUGGGGUACAUUCAAAUAGGGGAUCCUUUAAAAACUGUAUGUUCACUUGCCUUUUUUCGACCACAUUGUUUUUAAAUAUCUAGAAACUGUUUUACGGUUGCCAGCAGAUCCUAUGCCUUGAUUAGGUGCCUUUCCGUCUACAUACAGGUAUUUGUAUUUAACAGCCAUACGUGUAACAAUACUAACUCCUGAUCUUUUUUACAGAGCUUUUUGCAACGUCAAGAGCAUGUGUAUUGAUUUUAAUUUGAUUAAUUUGCUAUUUAGUGUCAUAUUAUGGGAGAGUAGAGUGCUUCAUUUCAACUGAGCCAGCAACAAACACGGUACGAUCUAGGGCUGUCACCACAAAUCGAUGCAUUGCAACUCUGUCAUCUUAGCCUUUAACCGUAGAUGGCGCUAUAAUCUAGUUUUUCCACUGCAAACUCAUGCUCACGGAAAAAGAGCACCUGUGUGUUUGGAGUCAUGUAAUUAGACCUCGUUUAAGAAUGGUGUUAUGACACAAGAUCAAUGUAAACAUGGCUCACUGUGAACACCCUUGUCAGGGUUGCCAGGUUUUCACAACGAAACCUGCACAAUUGCUACUAAACACUACCCUAAAACUUGCCCAGUUGCAUUUCGGAGGAGGUUCUCCGGUCAAAAAAAUGCAUUCUGGGGGUAAAAUGCAAAUUUUUUUGGCAGGAAUGCCCUAAUAAUAUUCGCAUUCCAGCAGCAAAAUAUUACAUUUUUGGUGUCGCUUCAACCCACAGCAACAGUGUUAAGUAGCCCAAUUCCGUGGGGAAAACCGCUGACUUGGCAACACCCUUGUAAUUCACUUUAAACUAUUCCAACUUUAUGAAUGCUUAUUUUAGUUUCAAGUGUGUGUAAUGAAGAGAAAGCAAGCAGAGUAUGGCUUUUUCUAAAGCAUGCAGUGCCAUCUGCUGUUCAAAACUAAUCUCAGAAUCAUUUUGAGAGAGAAUCGUGAUGCAUUCGGAAGAUCUUAGAAUUGAUGAUUAUUGCUCAAUUCGUGAUGCAUUGGUUUAUUUCCCCAACCCUAGUACAAUUUGUGUUGGCUAGAGUAAAAAACGACCUCAUUUCAAGUUCUGCUACUGUCAGGCCGCACUCUUGUUUAUUUGCAGAACAAAGGUGAUUGUUCUUUUUACAAACUCAAAUAGGUAAAGUCCCAGAUAGCACACGUUUGUCUGUUAAAGAUCACUCGAUCUGGAAAGCAUCUUCGCAUCAUCUACGAUGUCAGUUUUACAUGCAUUCUAAAUCAUGAACAUCUUAAAGACAUCUAAUAGACGUCUAUUUGACAUCUGAUAGGAAAUGUCCUAUAGGUGUAUUGCAGAUGAGCAAACACUCUAAAAUAUACGUCUUGCAGAUGUAAAUGCAGACGUCAAAUAGACGUCUCUGUGAUGUACGUGUGCUAUCGGGGGAAUAUUCUUGAAGUUUCUCAAGCCAUUUUAUUUCUUUUGCUUUUUAGAUUUGCUGAGCAUGUGGAAAACAACCCCAGAUAGCACAUGUGUGUCUGCAAGAUGUCUGUUAAAGAUCUUUUGAUCUGGAAAGCAUCUGAUGUGUAUAAACGUCUGACAGUCGUCUUUCAGAUGUCAGUUUUACAUGCAUUCUAAAUCAUAACAUCUUAAAGACGUCUAAUAUACGUCUAUUUGACAUCUGAUAGGAAUCGUCCAAAAGACAUAUUGAAUAUGAGCAAACACUCUAAAAAUCCGUUUUGCAGAUGUAAAUACAGAUGUCAAAUAGAUGUCUCUGCGAUGUACAUGUGCUGUCAGGAACACCCCUUAGCACAUGUACGUUUGCAAGAUGUCCGUUAAAGAUCACUUGAUCUGGAAAGCAUCUACUGUGUACAAACAUCUGACAGAUGUCUUUCAGAUGUAAGUUUUACAUACAUUCUAAAUCAUAAACAUCUUAAAGACAUCUAAUAUACGUCUAUUUGACAUCUGACAGCAAACGUCCACUCUUAAAAAAAUAAAUAGACGUCUCUGUGAUGUACAUGUGCUAUCAGGGACAUGACUCUCAGAUCUCAGAUAUAUCAGUAACAGUUUUGGCUCUCUGGAGUCAUUCGAUUUCAGGUAAAAUAUUGAAAAAGGGAGGAAACACCACCACCUUCUGGCAGCUGUUGUGUAUUGUGACACUGCGGCGAAUCAAAUAUGCAGGUGCACUGUGAAGUGUUUUCAAGGAACUUUUGUUUUAGCAAAUGAGUAAAUGUCCUAGUGUCAUUAUUUAGUCACAGCAGAUGGCAAUUUCUGUAUAGUGCACUUUAGGUACAUUAAGGUGAAAUUCAUACUCGAGUUACGCACACACAGCAUUCAGUGUAAGGCCGUUUAUUUUACCUUUUUUCCUGAGUAGAAAUGUAUCGGCGUGGGUCCUGACGGAUGUGCGCUUGUAUACAGUUCUCUGGUGUGGCGGAGCUGAUAAUGUAAUCUCAGAGCUCGGCUGAAUAAUAGCACCUGUGAAACGAAAAGCAAAAAGAAGAAAGAGAAUCAGAGCAGUGUUAUUGACUCAUUUUCAGUAUCAGCAUCGCUGCUCCAACUGCACUUCUGUUUAUAGGAUCAGAGCUGUCUGAACUCCACUGUGUGUGAGUGGAUUCCUUAUUAAUGUUGGUAAUUGUGUGAAGGAAAAUACUGCUGUAUUAAGAAAAUGGACCACCCUGAGAAAAAAAAAAAAGCAUUAAAAAGGGUAAAUCCUA